AUGAACCAAUUGGAGUAUAUCAUGACCGACAUGCCACUAGGCCUCGUUGCUAUCGAUUUCCACAGGGACCUCGGAUUUGAGGUUAUCUGCACCUUCUGUACCACUUUCCUCCGGACCAUCCAUGAUUCAACUAGCAGGAAUCUGCCCAAAGAAAAUAGAAACUCACUAGUGCUGCUCAUCCCCCAUCUUGUCGAUUACCUCGAGACCAAGAUUGAUUUUAGCAUGGACCUUCCCUACCUCAAAUGA